CUGAGCGUCCGCCAGCCAGCCGGACACAAGCUGUUCGCUGCACAGGCUGCAGCAUGUGAGCUGGCCGCUGCAGGAGGCGACAAACCGGAGGCUGAGGGACGCAGCAUGGGACGCCUGGAAACUGCAGAGUCACUGUGAUGCUCUGAAACGGGAAGCUGCAGUCAAGGUGACCUCCCAUCCGCUCCUCUGCCUGUUUCUGUUGAAGACAUCUGAUCUCCUUCUGGUGGGACUCUGUGGGAUCAGAUGAAGUGAUGCAGCUACAGGAAGCAGCGUCACAGGGGUCAUGACCUGAGCCCCUCUCUGCGACGCCUGCAGCAUCAUGGCGGAGACCGGGUCGGACCCGGCCGUGGCCGCGCAGCAGUGACCCGAUGAUGAGCUCGUCGUCCCCGGUCAGAGUGGAGCCCGUCUCCAUCCCCACCCUCACCGUCCUGCCGCCGUCCUCUGACACAGAGUCCUGGUCCCGCCCCCCCAGCCCCAGAGCACCGGGCCGGUCCCACCGCAGCAGGACCAGAACCAAGCGGCGCUGCGAGGGCCCGGCGGACCUGCAUGGCGGCGCCACGCGGCCAGGAUGGGGCGAGGCGCCGCAGAUCGUGGUGGAGGACGGCGAGCGACGGUGCAGCCCGUCACAUGACCGGCUGCUGCCGCCGACCCGGUCCUGGUCCAGAAGCCCCUCCCCCAGCCGGCGCUCCCGCUGGUCUCUCAGGAGCCUGCUGAGCAGAGACUCAGACAUGGACGGCUGCAGCACGGCCAGUAACUCUCCACGCAGCACGCCCGGCAGCUCCCCCUCCCUGCGGCGGAGGGUCCUGGGGGGGGGCAAGGCCAGCGAGGGUGAGGGAGGGGUGGGCGGCGCCGACAGCCCUCUGCCCUCCCUGCCCUCCGUGCCCUCCCUGUCCUCCCGCCACUUCAGCCGUAACGCCAAGAAAAUGCAGAGCUGGUACAACGUCCUCAGUCCCACGUACAAACAGCGCAACGAGGACUUCCGAAAAAUCUUCAAGAAGCUCCCCGACUCCGAGCGGCUCAUCGUGGACUACUCCUGCGCUCUGCAGAAGGACAUUCUGCUUCAGGGACGCCUCUAUCUGUCAGAGAACUGGCUCUGCUUCUACAGCAACAUCUUCCGCUGGGAAACCACUAUCACCAUCCAGCUGAAAGACGUGACGUCGAUGACGAAGGAGAAGACGGCCAAGCUGAUCCCCAACGCCAUCCAGAUCAGCACCGACAGCGAGAAGCAUUUCUUCACGUCGUUCGGCGCCAGGGAACGCAGCUUCAUGAUGAUUUUCCGCCUGUGGCAGAACGCGCUGUUGGACAAGUCUCUGUCCCCCAAAGAGCUGUGGCACAUCGUCCACCAGUGCUACGGCACCGAGCUGGGCCUGACCAGCGAGGACGACGACUACGUCUCUCCCACCGGCGAACACAUCAACGGCCUGCUGCCGGGAGAGGAGUCCAUAUCGGUGACAGACCUGUUGGACCUGAGCACGGUGUCGGCGCCGUCCGCCGGCAGCUCCCCGCCUCCCGUCUCGGUCCACUGCGGUCUGACCAGUCCGGGGUCCGCCCCCGUCCUCAGCGGCGCCUUCCCGCCCCCCUGCGCCGCCUGCCAGCCCAUCGAGGUGCCGUCCUCUUCAGGAAGUAGACCCGGCCCAGAACCCAUGGAGCCCAGCCCGCCCAGCUGCCACGGCUCGCUGCUGGCCCUCACCCCCCCCAUCACCGCCUCAGUCUCUGCAGCCGCAUCGUUCACCCUGGAGGAAGGAGGCGACAGUCAGCCCGAGUCGACCAAUCACGUGCCGCCCCCACCGGCCGCCAGCCUGGGAAACCUCUCCUCAUUGGACAUCACCAACGACGACGAGCUGCCCACCGACCCCAGCAACUCGUCCGACACGCAGGACGAGACGUCGGGCGAGGUGGAGGCGUUCUGUUCGAACCUCAGCGGCCGCCUCAACAUCAACACGACGGUCCGGAUGAGCGUGGACAAGCUGCACGACCUGCUGUUCUCCGCAGACACACACUUCAUCCAGCACCUGUUCUCCCAGAGGCACUUCACCGACCUGUCGGUGGGCGAGUGGCAGCAGGACGGCGCCAGCGGUACCAGCAGCCGGGUUCUGAGCUACACCAUCUCUCUCAACAACCCGCUGGGCCCCAAAACGGCCCCUGUGGUCGAGACGCAGACGCUGCAUAAGAGCUGCUCCAGAGGCGAGUGCUACGUGGUGGACUCAGAGGUCAUCACCUCCGGGAUCCCCUACCAGGACUACUUCUACACCGUCCACAGAUACUGCCUGACCUCCAUCAGCAAACACAAGAGCCGCCUCAGAGUUUCCUCAGACAUCUGCUACAGGAAGCAGCCGUGGAGUCUAGUCAAAGCACUGAUAGAGAAGAACACCUGGAGCGGCAUUGAGGAGUACUACAGGAACAUGGAGAGCGAAGUGUGCAAGCUGGAGACGCUGCUGCAGACGGAAGUUUCCGUGGUAACCACAGGCGACGCCGCGGGCGCCGACGCCAAGACGCCGCCGUCCCUUCGAAGGCGAAAGCGCGCCUGCUCUCGACGGCAGAGCGAGAGGGAGGGAGGCGGUGUGGAGGCGGGCGAUCGAGGGGAGCGAGGCGUCGGGGAGGAGCGGAACCGCAGGGAGGCCAGCACUCCGUUCCUCAAGCUGGGCGAACGCGGGCGCGCCGGCGGACACGGCGGCAUCUCCACCGUCCUCCUCAUCGUCAGCUUCAUGAUCUGUAUCAGUCUGGUGGUGCUGGUGGCUCUCAACAUGCUGCUGUUCUACAAGCUGUACGCUCUGGAAAGAGCAGCUCACACCCUGGAGCGCUGGCACUCCUACUCUGUGGCCGACAGCCCUCUGCCCCAGACGGCGGGCGAGUGGGCCCAGGUUCUGCACCUCCAGCGGCAGUUCCACCAGGCGCAGCUCAGUAAGUGGCAGCAGAUCCUGCAGUCCUCCGUCUCCCUGCUGGACCAGAUGAAGCAUUCCCUGGAGAAACUCCACAGGAACAUCGUGGUUCCGGACGGGGACCCGGAUCCGCCCACUGACACAGAAACCCUGUCUGAGACUUGACCUCUGACCUCCGACCCGCAUCCCCCCCGCUCCGGUCUCAGGACUCCGACACUUCCUAUCAGAACCUGGUCCUGGGUGGGACAGACAGAUGAACUACACUACCCACAACCCCCCUCUCCUGCCUGACUUGAAGUCGCAUCAGACACCUUUAGCUUCGACCAAUGAGAAGCUUCCAGAACCACAGCAAUAAGCCCCUCCCACCACCACUCCAUGUACAUUGAGCAGAACCGGGCCACAGGCGGGCCGCCGGGUUCCCGACUGGUUCCCGACCUGCUGCGUGGCGCCGGGACCGGUUCCGGACCUCCUCAGUAUUUAUUAUUACCUCCCAAGUCUCGUCCUGCUUGAACAAGUCAUGUGAUGGCUGUUCUGCGCUCUGAUUUGCUGAUGUUUGGACCAAUAGGAGAACGAGGUUCAGCAAUAAUGAAAACCUUUUGCUCUACGAAUGUUUCUCUGAAAACUAGAUUAUUAUAAUAAUUAUAAUGAUAAUAAUAGUGAUGAUGAUGAUGUGUGAAGAACAAGGAGAGUGCGUCGCCAUGGUUACGUUAUCACAUGCUACUUUUUCUCUUCAGUGUUUUUGUUUCUUUUUACAAGUUUUUCUGUGUGUCCAAAUCUUCAGCCGAGUCGGAAUGAAACGGACCAAUCAGAACUUUUCAGGCCCGGAAGAACAAAAAGGGAAACAGUGUUUUUGUUUUUUUUGUUUUGUGAAAUUAAUCUGAAUUUACUCGUCGUUAUUUUGUACUUUUUCACUUCCUGUUCUAAUUCUGAAGAUCGCUUUCUCAUCUCUGCUUUUUGGGUUUUUGUCCCGACUUCAGCGGCUGCAGAAGCUGGUUGGCCCUGCUGUGCACGGUCGUCAUGGAAACGAGAGGCUGGUGUAUUUAUUAUGGAAGGAUGAGGAGAGAAUGUACUGUAAAAUUGUGAUGUACAAAACAAGAUGGAGAAAAAUGAAAAUCCUAAAACAUGCAACAACUCGC